AUGGAGGAACUAAGGAAAAAACGUUCACAGAUAAAGAAGUCUAUUACGAGAAUAUAUAAUGCUGUCAAUAAUCAGAAUGCAAGUUAUCAUGAAAUAAAGGUACGUAUUGAUAAACUUGAGGAAAUUUAUAAAUGUUAUGAGAUUUGCCAAGAUGAAAUUGAUUCCUUGUGUGAGAAUGAUAAUGAGCAAAUUAAAGAGGAUCAAUACAGAUCACAGAUUGAGGAUAUUUAUUUUGCGAUAAGAACUAUUUGGUCUACCCAGUCAAAUGAAACGUUAGAUAGAACAGUUAUUGAGGGUGCAGCUUCCAGCAGCCCAAACAACAAUGACAUGACAAUACAGGCGAUUGUUCAGCAGCAGUCGACUACGACAUCUUUACUGGAGACAAUGUCGGCAACACUCUCGGCCGUAACUGAUAUGCGUUCAAAUGCUACAACUCAAAAUGUUCAACUGUCAAACACUAAUCAGUCCGAGCUACGUUUACCUCCAAUAGAAAUACCAGAUUUUGAUGGGAAUCUCUCAAAUUGGAUACGCUUUAGAGAUUUAUUCGUGUCUAUGGUAGAUUCGAGGACUAAUAUAUCGAAUGUUCAGAAGCUUGAAUAUCUACAAAUGAAGUUGAAGGGUGAAGCUUCUACGGUCAUAAAACAUCUAACGCCUACGAAUGACAAUUACAACGUUGCAUGGGAGCUUCUAAAGGAAAAUUAUGAUAACUCCGAGAUGAUUGUGGAAAAGUAUCUGGAACUCCUUUUUGAUCAAAAGCAUGUUAAGAAUGCAACGGCUUCCGAUUUUAAGAAAUUCUAUCACAAUACGGUUGAGGCGUACAAUGCUUUAAAAACUCUGAAGGGCUCUCUUGAUUCAUGGGAUUAUGUUUUGAUGUUUCACAUGAAGAAGAAAUUGGACACAGAAACAAUUACACUUUGGCGCAGACAACGUAAAGAGGGCGAAAUUCAAACGUUUCCACAACUAUUGAAAUUUUUGAGAAAUCGUGUAGUUGAAGUGGAGGAGGAACAGAAGGCUAAUGCAUCAAUAAAAUACCAACGUCAAAGUAAGAUCGCAAAUGUUGCUACUGCAAAUCAGUCGUGUCCAAUUUGUAAUGACGACCAUUUCUUAUACAAUUGCUCACAAUUCAAAGCGUUAGAUGUUGAUAAGCGUAAGGAAGUUAUUUUUAAGAACAAACUUUGUUUUAACUGCCUCAAGGGUAAGCACAUCUCGAGGGAAUGUAAAUCAGGUCCUUGUAAAGUAUGCGGUUUAAAACACAACACACUACUUCAUAUGGGUGACAACGUGCUAGUUGCGGAAAUCGGUCAACAAAGUGAUAGUGAUGAGAAUCCCACAACAAUCAACAUCAACGUAAACCAACAGGUUAAUCAUGAGACAACACUUUACCAACGGCAAUAG